CCCGACCCGUCUUCAUAAGUAACCUUUUUUGGGUGUAAAAGUAGUUAUCCUCUCUUGCGCGCAACAACAACCCAAAAAAAAAAAGAAAAAAAAAAAGGAAGAUUGUUAUCGUCUCCGGCCAAGAAACCGAUCACAAAAUGAAGGAUUACUCCAAAAUCGGCGGUAAAUCGACGAUGCAGAGAACAAGCCGACGAUUGGAAGGUACCGCCAUGGGCUCCACAGUCUUCGAUCUCAAACCCGGCGUCGGCAUCGGACCUUUCUAUAUCGGAAUGCCAAUUUGUGAUGCGUUUGGGAAAAUAGAGCAGGAUCCUAACGUAUAUGAUGUUGUCCAUGUCAAAUACUACGACGAGGAUCCUCUGAAGCUGGAUGUUGUUAUUAGCUUUCCGGAUCAUGGCUUUCAUCUUCGCUUUGAUCCCUCGUCUCAGAGGUUGCGCCUUAUUGAGAUAUAUGAUGUCAAGCGGCUCCAGAUGCGUUACGGAAAUUCUACGAUUGGAGGUCCAUCAACUCUGGCUACGUUUGUGGCUGUUUAUGCACUUUUUGGACCGACCUUUCCUGGGAUUUAUGAUAAAGAAAGAGGGGUUUACGCUCUGUUCUACCCGGGGCUAUCUUUCGAGUUUCCAAUUCCCGACCAGUACACGGACUGCUGCCAUGAUGGAGAAGUGGCGCUACCAUUAGAGUUUUCAGAUGGCACCACACCAGUUACAUGCCGGGUGUCUAUAUAUGACAAAUCAAGUGACAAAAAAGUUGGUGUGGGAAAACUGAUGGAUAGAGCUUCUGUCCCUCCUUUGGCUCCUGGCAGUCUUUAUAUGGAAGAGGUUCACGUCAAGCUUGGGAAGGAACUAUACUUUACUGUUGGAGGCCAGCAUAUGCCUUUUGGUGCAUCACCACAGGAUGUAUGGACUGAAAUAGGACGACCUUGUGGGAUCCACCCAAAGCAGGUAGAUCAAAUGGUUAUUCAUUCCGCGUCAGAUCUACGACCAAAAACAACACUUUGUGGUGAUUACUUCUACAACUAUUUUACUCGUGGUUUCGACAUCCUGUUUGACGGCGAGACUCACAAGGCUAAGAAGUUUGUUCUUCACACCAACUAUCCUGGUCAUGCUGAUUUCAACUCAUACAUAAAGUGCAACUUCGUGAUCUCUGUUGGAGAGGGUGAGACAGAAGCAAACAGAGGUGGAAACAAGAUCACUCCAAGCACGAAUUGGGAGCAGGUUAAGGAAGUACUCGGGGAGUGUGGACCAGCAGCGAUUCAGACACAGGGCUCAACUAGCAACCCAUUUGGAUCGACAUAUGUGUAUGGCUAUAAGGAUGUUGCUUUUGAGGUGAUGAAGAACGGUCAUAUAGCCACCAUAACUUUGUUCCAGUCAUGAUGUGCGUCUACCUUCGAGGAGGGGGGCUGGCAUUUAUGCUUUGGCUCGAGAGGGCUAUCUUCUACCACAGAACUCUGUAAAUCUCUAACGUCAAAAGCUGCAUGCUAUGGAUAUUACCCAAAAAACUUUUAAAAUGUCUGAAAAAAUUGAUGUACAGUUGUUUAGUUUAUAUCAAGUUUUAUAAUAACAGUUACUCUGGAUAUUAUUUCCAUUCAUUCUGUCUAAUAUGAUUACAAACAUCUUUUACUUAGAUGAAUGGUAUAAGCUUCUAUUCA